AUGUCACAGGUCUGCACAUCGCUCUACCUCCUCCUCCUUCUUCUGCUAUCUCCCUCGCUCUCUCUCAUUCCACAGCCCGUCUCGUUUGGCAUCUCUCCCCAGUACUACCGCCUGCCCUUUGAGGUGGAUGUUCAGCAUAAUGCACCCUAUUGCUUUACUCUACAUGCUUCCAUCAAACGCCUCCUUGAGAGUUUCAAUCUGCGACAUCUGAUUCGCGAUUUACCCACAUCUUUUGCGGGGAAUAUAACGCACCUGCUAAUUAAUAUCUCCUCCGAAUGCAAUGAAUUGCUGGGCGUUCUCUACCCGAAGGAGGGCUCAAAGGAAGAUUAUCAGGUCAUCAUUUCGGGCGGUGUGAUCUGGAUAAAUGCAUCCGAAGUGUGGGGAGCGAUGCAUGGAUUGACCUCAGUGGCUCAGCUAGUCAUGUCCACAAGUAAAUACCUGCCUAAUGUGAGGAUAUCCGAUAUGCCGCGGUGGCCAUUUCGUAGUUUUCUCAUUGACACCUCGCGACAUUUCCUUCCGCUGCAGUAUAUUCUCCAGUUUCUGAAAGCCAUGGCAACUGUCAAAAUGAACGUUCUACACUGGCACAUCGUUGAUGAUCAAUCUUUCCCCUAUGAGUCCUAUACCUUUCCCAAACUCUCUGAUAAGGAUGUACGAAUUAUCAUCGAAUAUGCAAGGUCCUUGGGUAUCCGUGUAAUGCCAGAAAUCGACACUCCAGGCCACACGAGAUCAUGGGGCUACGGGUAUCCCACGCUUCUGACCCCCUGUUUUUCUCGCAGAGGACCGACUGGACGAUAUGGUCCACUCAAUCCAAUUAAGAAUACCACUUACGACUUUGUGGGACAGCUCAUAGCAGAGAUUGCUAAGACCUUUCCGGAUAGCGCACUUCAUCUGGGUGGAGAUGAAGUGGAUUUUUCUUGCUGGGAGUCGAAUCCGGAGAUACGUGAUUUCAUGCAGAAGAUGGGUUUCAAUUCAAGUUACACUAAACUGGAGGACUACUAUUUUGCCAAUCUAUUCAAAAAAAUUAAAGAGGUUACGAAGAAACCUAUAAAGGUGUACAUGUGGCAAGAGAUCUUUGACGAUGGUGUCGAGAUAAACGACUCGACAACUGUCCACGUCUGGAAGGAUGGAGCUUGGCCAAAGGAAAUGGACAUGGUAACGCGAGCGGGCAAGGAAGUUAUCUUCUCGGCUUGUUGGUACCUAAGCAGCAUCAGAUUUGGCGAGGAUUGGAUCGACCGCUACCAGUGUGAUCCGGCAAGCUUUACGAAUAACACUAAACAACUUGCGCUGAUCAAAGGCGGUGGAGCCGCAAUGUGGGGAGAAUACGUUGAUCACACGAAUCUGAUUUCCAGGUCUUGGCCGCGUGGUGCCGCGGUUGCAGAGCGUUUGUGGAGCCCGGCUCAGGUUCACGACGUCAACGACAUGCGAAUUCGUCUCAUCAGUUACCGGUGCUUCCUUCUUGCAAUGGGUCUUAACGGCGAGCCUAUUGCUGGACCGGAUUAUUGCGAUUUUGCCUAA